CGGUCCCGUUUUGGCGUGUCUUGUUUAGGAAAUGACUCUCAGGUUUCCACCAACAUGGCUAUUUGUACUUUCUUUUUGAAAGGAACAUGCCGUUUUGGUGAUAAUUGUAGGAAUGAACAUCCUAAAAACGUAACUGGCGGAUUUGGAAAUUCAUCAUGGAAUAGCACGAAAACAAGCGCAUCAGAUCCUCCUAGUCUACCCUUCACCCAGGAAUCUAUAACGAAAGAUGUGACCAUCAAUGUCGACAAACCGUUAUGGCCAUUAUCAUCCUUUGGGCCCGCAAAACAUGAACCUCUCCUCGUCACUGGCUUGGAUGAAUCACCGGAAGAACUGCGGGUUCAAGCAGUCAAUGCACUGAGUUCCGGAAACGUCAAUCAAUAUGUGCAAUAUGAAUCACAGAAGAUUGCUGCGGCAGAGCAGGUGUAUGCGAACAUCCGGUCCAAUCCUUUAGAAGCUUUCAAGACUGCCAUGACAAACAGCCAAAAUGGCGGUGCUCUCGCGAAAUUUGCCAGUGGUUCUUCGCCGACGUCGACAAGCUCCGCAUUUGGCUUAUCGUCGACAUCGACGACCUCUGCCUUUGGCCAAUCGGCUUUUGGAAAGCCUGCGUUUGGCCAGCCAGCUUUUGGACAGUCACCAUUUGGUCAGAAACCAGCGACUACAUCUGCUUUUGGCCAGCCAGCAACUCAAACUUCGGCAUUUGGACAACCUGCUGCCCAGACAUCAGCAUUUGGACAACCAGCCGCCCAAACGUCAGCUUUUGGCCAAGCGGCAACCCCGACAUCCGCCUUCGGACAGCCCUCUGCAUUCGGACAACCGUCAUCUCAGACGUCCGCGUUCGGACAACGGGCUGCCCAGUCAUCUGCCUUUGGAAAUCCCCCUACUCAGACGUCUGCCUUCGGACAGCCAGCACCUAAGCCUCAGACUUCAGCAUUUGGCCAACCAGCUCAGACAUCGUCGUUUGCGCAACCAUCACAAACCUCUGCAUUCGGACAAACUACCCAGCCGACAUCUGCGUUCGGCCAAACAUCAGUGAUCAAACCAGGGACUGGCGCCUUCAGUUCGUAUGCAGGAGGCGGGGCGAGCGCCUUUGGCGGAGGCUCCAGUACCGGAGGAGGAGGAAGCGGAGGAGGCUUCUCGGCCUUCGCAUCGCAGCCAUCCAGUAUGUCUGCAGCUGCAAGCAACGCGACCGCUACUCCUUCAACGAGCGCAUUCGGCACAACAGCACCUCCUACCAGUGCAUUCGGGAACCCUACCCCUACACCAUCCGCAUUUGGCAACACCCAGCAGUCGGCAUUUGGCACCCCGUUCGGCGGCCAGCGUUCUGCAUUCGGACAAUCAUCGACAGCAGCGCCUGUAUCAGCCUUUCCCAGUUCUAACCCUUCUCCAUUCGGGCCCAACUCGAAUACGAGCGGAGGCGCAUUUUCUCAGCCUCCCUCUGCCUUUGGGCCUGCUCAGCCUCAGCAAUCUGCUUUCAGCCCACCUACCAGCGCCUCCACCACCACCGUCUUUCCUCCCGCGAUGUCUUCGCAACCCUCCGUAUCCAUGUCCGCCCCUGAUUUCAGCGCGAAAUCAUCCUCAUUGUACAAACCCGGAAAAUCACCCUAUGAUCAGCUCCUACCGCAGAAUUAUCUAGAGAUGGUGUCCGAGGAGGCGAAGGAAGCAUUCAAAGCGGACAAGUUCCAGUGGGGUAAGGUCCCUGACUGGAUACCUCCGGUAGAGCUACGGUGAUGUGGAUUUUGUACAUAUUAUAAUGAAUCUCGAUCUGUAUUUGUAUUCACUUGCUGUAGUCACUGAAAUAUGACGCCGUUAAUAUGAGCCGGUCGCAC